AUGAUCCUCAUAUGCGCCCUCGUUCUGAUCGGUCUUCGGCCGGUGGUGGGCAUCUCCCUCAAGCUGGGCUGCAGCAUAGAAGUGCUGGACAAGUGUGGCGCUGACCUGGUCAUUUUCGGCACCGGCCACACAGUUCCCAACAACACCAAAGAGCUGCUCAAGCAGUGCGAGAUCGAGUUUUCCGCGGGUAUCUGUGCGCGCCAGUUCGCCAACCGGUGCCUUCCUCCGCUUCCACGUGGCAUGGUCGUCGUCAUCCUGGAGGGCAUCAGCCAGGAGGUCUCCUCCAAAUGCAACGUCUCCAAUCCACUACACGAUGAAUUCCUGAAGCAUGCCCCUUGCAUGAACAAGGUGGGUGACACGCUUCACAUGUGCAUGAAGAAGCUCACACUAAGCCUCGACUACAGCGCCAGCAUCGAGCCACACCUAAGGGUCGGCCGCUCCUGCUGCAACUUCGCCGAGUACCUCAAGUGUUCGGGCGACGCGAUGCGAAAGCAGUGUGGCGCCGAGGCGGAGGACUACAUCAAGAAGCUGCUGACGAGGUCUGCGGGGGACUUCAUCGAGAUUGCCUGCAUCAACCACCGCACCGACUUCGAGACGUGCAAGUCAUCCGCGGCCGUGGUGGACAUGUCCACGACGCGAAUCACCUCGCUAUUGUCGCCCAUGGCCAAGCUCGUGUCGGCCGAGGGCUAGCACGUGCAUUAGCCGAGGUUUGGGCUAGCCCCGACUCGCGUCGGGGAACGGGAACAGAAACGUGGUUAUGACGAAACCCCCUUAGAUAAUGGAGCUGACAGGACAGCGGGGUCUGUUAGGACCCGGACAGUGCUUGAACGGGACCAUACUUAGCCAGCCAUAAAAUCGUGUUCAUUAAGAAAUUACCUGUUCGGACUGUACUUGCCUCUGUCUACGAAGGCGCAAAUGGGGACCAUGGUGAGGCCACUUGGGCCGUCAUGCAUGUUAUCCGUAGGAAACAUUUGGCAUGGCCUUAUGCGCCAUUGACUGGCUGAAUACGCGGUUUCUCCACGUCUUUAGUUAGCUACAACUCUGAAAUGGCACAGUAGAUGGCGGCCAGUCACGUGAUGCCUUUCUUGCAGUUCCUUUACAGGGCCCUCAAAGUUAAACAGCUUUUUAAAUAAACACGCCAUGCUAGCUACGCAACAUCUGCUUGCACAAACGGUUUAUGCGCUUUGGCGGACACAAUUUCAGCGAACAAUUGUAAUCAUCAAACACAAAUUUAACAAAACUU